AUGGAGGAAAUGGAUAUAGAAAAUGAAAAGAACGAAGAUAAGAGUUUGUGCGAGGAUUUAGAGGAUAACGAAGAGGUCAAGUCAAAAGUAAUUGAAAAUGAGAUCGAAGAAAACAUGGACGAUGAACUUGAUGAUGAUGAGGAUGAAAAAGAUGAUGAAGAGGAUGCGGACGAGGCAGAGGUUAAAGUUUUAGAAACUUCUCUUGCUCAAAAUCCAUAUGAUUAUACAAAUCACGUAGCCCUUAUCAAUAAAUUUCAAAAAAUGGGCGAAUUAGAACGAUUACGUGCUGCUAGAGAAAACAUGAACUCCAAAUAUCCUUUGAGCUCUGAACUCUGGCUGUCUUGGAUGCGCGAUGAAAUUAAACUAGCUGUAACUCCAGAGCAAAAAUCUGAGAUAUAUGGUUAGAAUAUCUGCAAUUUAGUAUUGGUAAUAUGGGUACUGAAAAAGACGCAGCAAAGAAUGUUCGACAAUUAUUUGAACGAGCAUUAACAGAUGUUGGACUACACACUAUUAAGGGUGCAAUAAUAUGGGAAGCAUUUCGAGAGUUUGAAGCUGUAUUAUAUGCAUUGAUUGAUCCUUCGAACCAAGCUGAAAGAAAAGAACAAUUGGAACGUAUUGGUAACUUAUUCAAAAGACAAUUGGCUUGUCCUCUUUUAGAUAUGGAAAAAACAUACGAGGAAUAUGAAACAUGGCGUCAUGGAGAUGGCGCAGAAGCUGUUAUUGAUGAUAAAAUUAUUACUAUAGGAUAUGAACGUGCAUUAUCAAUGCUUAAUCUCCGUUUACCUUAUGAAGAGAGAAUUGUCUCUGCACAAACCGAAGAAGAACUUUUAGAUUCAUAUAAAAUGUAUUUGUUAUAUGAGCAACGUAAUGGAGAUCCUGGACGAAUAACGGUUUUGUAUGAAAGAGCAAUCACUGAUCUUAGUUUAGAAAUAUCAAUUUGGCUUGAUUACAUUAAGUAUUUGGAAGAAAAUAUCAAAAUUGAAUCUGUCUUGGAUCAAGUAUAUCAAAGAUCUUCAAGAAAUAUUCCAUGGUGUGCAAAUAUGUGGCAAAAAUGGAUCAGAUCAUAUGAAAAAUGGAGUAAACCAGUAUUAGAAAUUCAGAUGUUGUUAGAAAAUGCUUUAACGACUGGAUUCUCUACUGCAGAAGAUUAUAGAAAUUUAUGGAUAACGUAUUUGGAAUAUUUACGACGAAGAAUCGAUCGAUUCUCUUCUAAUGAAGAAAAGCAGUUAGAAACAUUACGCAAUACUUUUAAUAGAGCCUGUGAACAUUUAGCAAAAUCAUUUGGCUUAGAAGGAGAUCCCAAUUGCAUUUUAUUACAAUAUUGGGCAAGAACUGAAGCUAUACAUGCUAAUAACAUGGAAAAGGCUAGAUCAUUAUGGGCCGAUAUUUUAUCACAAGGACAUUCUACAACAGCAUCUUAUUGGUUGGAAUAUAUUUCUUUAGAAAGAUGUUAUGGAGAUACAAAACAUUUAAGAAAAUUAUUUCAAAAAGCUUUGAUCUCAGUGAAAGAUUGGCCAGAAAGUAUAGCAAAUUCUUGGAUAGAUUUUGAACGAGACGAAGGAACACUAGAACAAAUGGAAAUAUGUGAAACACGAACAAAAGAAAAAUUAGAAAAAGUUGCAGAAGAAAGACAAAAAACACAACAAAUUUCUAAUCUUGAAUUAUCGCCAUUACAAAACAAGAAAGUUUAUAAAAGAAAACAAGAAGAAACUGGUAAGUGGAAAAAUUUAAGUAGUUUUCCAAUAAAAAUUACAAAAGUUGAAACACAAGUAAAACCAAAAAUGAAAGAAAAUCAUAUAAACUUGGAAAAGAAACUCGACGUUGAUGUAGAACAAAAAUCAAAAAUUAUUCCACCACCUGGUUUCAAAGCACCAGAAAAUGAAAAAAUGGAAAUAGAUAAUACUCAAGAAGUGGAUGAUAAAAUCACAGUUUUCAUAAGUAAUUUAGAUUACACUGCAACUGAAGAAGAAGUCAGAAAUGCUUUAAAACCAGCAGGGCCAGUUACAAUGUUUAAAAUGAUACGAGAUUAUAAAGGACGUAGUAAAGGAUUUUGUUACGUGCAACUUAGUUCCACGGAAGCAGUUGAUAAAGCUUUACAAUUAGAUAGAGUUUCUAUAAGAGGACGGCCAAUGUUUGUUUCAAAAUGCGAUCCAAAUAAAACGACACGAGGAUCUGGUUUCAAAUAUAGUUGUUCUCUGGAGAAAAACAAACUUUUUGUUAAAGGACUUCCGGUAUCAACAACAAAAGAAGAUCUUGAAGAAAUUUGCAAGGUUUACGGAGUGUUGAAAGAAGUCCGUAUAGUUACUUACCGUAAUGGCCAUUCUAAAGGAUUGGCUUACGUUGAAUUUGAGGAUGAAAAUAGUGCUGCAAAAGCACUUCUAGCUAUUGAUGGAAUGAAAAUCGGUGACAAAGUAAUUAGUGUAGCCAUAAGUCAACCGCCUGAACGUAAGAAGGUUCCCGUCAAAUCUCUAGGUGGUACUACAGUAAGCAGAACUACAUUUGGUAUGCCCAAAACAUUAUUAUCUAUGGUACCUCGUACUGUCAAAACUGCUGCUACCAACGGCAGUGCGACUGUGACUGGGAAUGGUGUUGCACCAAAGAUGAGUAACCAAGAUUUUAGAAAUAUGUUAUUGAAUAAAAAAUAA